AACAGACAUGUUGUUUGCCGAGCGACGACUCCCUCUCUCUCCAGGCUCCAGUAUUGGACAAUUGGUCUACCGACUGGUGUUAAGGCGACUCUGAUUUGUUUUUUUCGACAGUUAAACGAGAGAUCAUUUGUACACAUACAUGUUUCUCUGUUCUGGUUGGUACUUGUAUCGGAAUGAUAGAUCCCAACUCACCCAUAAUAUUUUCUUUUAAAUAUGCUCUAACAAUUGUAUAUUAGCUCUAUUGAUUCAACUAUGAAGAGAGAAUGAUAUAAUUCGGAGGGAUGGUAACUAACUACAUUAACUCUCAUAUUUAUAUGAUGAUGAAGCUACAUAUAUAGUUCAAAAUAAGAGAUAAAUUCUCCUUAACAUUUAAGUGUUAAGUUAUAAUAUACCGAAUCAUGUGUAAACGAACAUUCGAAAAGUGGCAUCAUGGUAGACGGUUGACCUACCUCCCUACUCUAAUACUCUAGUUAAAUUCCUGUGACAGUAAUUCUGAUUUCUACAUUUCCAUCUCUUUUUUUUUCUUCACAUAGCUCAAGUUCUACGAGAUUCUUGACCUGGGUUACAAAGUGAGAAUCGACCUGUGCUCGAAUAUAACCAACCAACAAAGCCUAACUUUUUUCCCCUGCCAGAGAGAGACUUUUUCCUUUGUUGACAAUUCAACAAAACAACUGGAAUUAUUAUUAGUUGAAUACACAGUUUGAUUGCUUCUACAUUAGAACACGAGUGACUUAGUCCGAAAGGAAUGAGUCAUUGCCUAUUUUAAUAGUAUAUAUACAUUUCUUGUAUCAAAGUCUUUGGGGGGAACAACAGUGCAAAAAUGGGGCCAAAGCUGCAGAUGAAAGAUGCAUGCUUACUUACGAUCUUUCUUUCUGCUAUAGCUUUGUGACUGAGAUUGAUCAGUGCUUUUCGAACUAUCUGAUAUUUGAAUGUUUCGUGUAAUGAAGUAGGAGAUCGAUCAUAUUGGCAGAGACUAAUUACUCGUACAAGCUCGACCACCUGGAUUCGUCUUUUAACUGAGUUGGUGCUCGCGAACAAGCUCGUCAAUUAACGAACCGAAGUCGAGCAAUAACAUGUUCAGCGCGCGACAGGCUAGCCAAUCAAGCUCGAAAGACUUUAGGAUAUCUCGAACUCGAGUUACAAUCGACACUUCAUCAGCUGAUCAUUCGAAUUUCGCUCGUUAACCUCAACUAUUAUGAGUGAUAGUUAAGGGAAAAAGACCAUUGCUGCUGGCUGCUAUUGGGUUAAAGAAGAGAAAGCGAGAAAGCUACCACAUCGCUGGAAAUGCAGUUAGUAUAGCAUUUUAAAUAAGCAAGGGAAGCAAACAGUGCCGCCGAGCUCAUUAACGAGGGCUUGUGAUCCAAGUGGAGGCACUAAAGUGGUGGGACAUUGGGCCGGCCUCAAGGGCUGGGCUUGGUGACGUUCAAAUUUCUGGCCUGCCCGCGUCAAGCUUGGAGUUGGGCCGGGAAGGUUCGGUGAAGAUUGAGCUGACUCGGCCCCUAGAGUUGGGAGAGAAAGCGUCAGGCUGGGCUCACAGAGCAGCGUGGCUCCCCUCUCUAGGCGGUGGAGGGAUAACAGGCCGGUGACUCUCAGGCCCAAAUAGCCUGUUGGGCUGUCCAAUCUGGACCAUCAAUUUUUUUUUUUUUGCAUUGCUUCCAAAAUAAUUUUAUUAAAUUAAAAAAGUCAACUCUAGGGGCCGGCCGGCCAGCCAGCCUGGAUCGAAUGUAUUAAAUAAGCCUGCUUUGGUCAACCGAUUGAGGUGGGAAGAAGAAGAAGAAGAAGGAGAAGAGAGAUGGGUGUCAUCAGAGGGGAGAUAUGUCACGAGGCUCCGGUGGAAGCUCCGGCGAGUGUGGUGUGGGAAUCGUACCGAGGGCUUGAGCUUGGCCGGCUGAUAAACGAGUUGAUGCCUCAUCUCAUCGGCACCGUGGAGGCCGUCGAGGGUGAUGGAUCUGCCGGCACCGUUCUCAAAAUCACUUCUCCUCCAGGAAGUCCGGGAAUCGGGUACAUGAAAGAAGUGUUCAGAAUUAUGGACGAUGAGAAGCGUGUGAAGGAAUCGGAUACGUUGGAAGGUGGUUAUCUGCCGCUUGGAUUUCAUCGUUAUACUGUAUGCUUCGAGGUCAUCGACGACGAUUCCAAACCGGAUCGGAGUGUUAUCAGGUCGACAAUUAUGUAUGAGAUCAAGGAUGACUCGAAAGCUCACCUUAUCUCCCUACUCUCCAUCAAGCCUCUUACCACUAUUGCUCAAGUCAUCGGUGAUCACAUAAUCAAGAACCGCAACCGGUAACUUACCCAUUUUUGCGAACUAUGCAAAAGGCGGUUGGGUGGUUUGGUGUAGUACGUGAUAAACAUGUUUCUUUCAAUAAGAUGUUUGUUUGGUUUGACAUGAUUGUCAUGAUGAUGAAUAUAUAAUGUUUCUUUUAAUGUAGUCAUUUAAUAAGAUUCAAAGAAGGGGGAAAAAAUGUAAUGAGAAGCAACAAUAUCAAACAUGAUAGUAGCUAGAUCAAUAGUCGAAUUAUCGAUGUCUUUGAUUUUUUAUUGUUGAUUUUCUGUAAUGAUAUGAAAAGACCAUAUAUAUAUGAAGAAAAUCAAACCAACCCAAUAAUUUAUUAUUCAUCCACCACCAUCAAAUGUUAAGAAGCAGCCGUAUAUAUAGAUCCCGUCCACCCUUAUGCGACCCUUCUGGCUGCGAUUUGGAGGUUGUUGGCUCAUGACUGGGUGGUGCGACUUUCCCAUACAUAUCGAGAAGGGAAUAGAGUCGCGGACUGGCUCUCGAAACACAGUCUCAUCUAUCCCUACGGUAUGUAUGAGUUGUCAAAUCCGCCCAACGAGCUGUAUAAUCUCCUUAAUGAUGAUGAUAGAGGAAUCACUUUCACCCGAAAUGUGGUGGUUACGCCCUCCCCUCCCUCUCUGUAAUCUCCUUCCCUCCCCCCUGUAACUCUGCUUCUUUGGCUUUUGCCUCCCCUGAUGCAAAAAAAAAAUAUAUAGUCUACUUGGCCAUUCAAUGCUAUAUAUCUGCCUAUUUCGACGCUUAUGAAUACUCGACGAAUUCAUCCCCGCCCACAGGAAAUUUUAGAUGCAUGCACCCUCAUUGAAUUUGGUGAUAAGCACACAAAAGAGUCCCAUGUCAUAGCCUUCACAAAAUUACAAGGCUUAUAUAAGAAAAGGAAAACGUAGCAAAAUGAAACACAACUAUAUAUGUAUUAGAGUAUGUCAUAGGCGGAGGGAGGGCUAUUGAGCGUUGUCCCGGGACAGGGGUAAAUUUCCGAGGAACAAAAAUAUGUCAUAUAUAUGUAUAUUGGUGAUGGAAAACAACGCCUAUAAAUAGUAUUAGAGUAU